AUGCGUGUUCUUAAUUGUAUCACCUGGUUGUUCGUUUCCUUGCUUGGAGCUGUUGAUGCGGCUGCCAGCGAUACCUCAGGCGUCGUAGAAGUAGACCUAGUCUUCCCGCGCAACGACACAUACGCGCCAGCGCCAUAUUUCCCCAUCAUCUUUGCCGUUCAAAACCCCGAACUCGCAACAUUGCUUAGUUUGCGGCUCGGAUUCGAAGUCUGGAAUAUAACAAACGGCUCAAAGGUCGACGAGGGAAGCUUCGGCGACUACUAUAAGAGGAGUACGCUCAACUGGACAGACACGUCGAGUUCCGACCCGGAGCUCGUAUAUCGCCACUACACCGAGUUCAACACGGAGGGCAAAUGGAUGUUAGUGUGGAAUCUGAUCUGGUCUAAUUGUACAUACGAUCCUUUUCGGGAGAUAUAUUAUCAAAAGGGCCACUCGCAAACCUCAGGCGUUACGUUCACCACGAAGAAGACUGCGCAUGGUAUUGAUCUUGUCGACGCAACAAAAGACCAGAGUUGUCCUGGAGAUCAGGGUAUAGCUUUCAACGUCGUUGAUACUACGAAAGUUACCGGAGGCUCCUACGGCGUGGGCGAACAGUGCGCAGUCCUGGACAAUUCAACCGUCACCCCAACGCCUUGCCAGGUCAAGAUUGACGCUGCAAGCCGACAAGCAUGGCGGUGGCCUUGA